GUAUCGAUCUAUUUACAAAUCUCGCGAUAUUUUGCAAAGUGCGCCACCUACUGACUGUUUACAUUUACAACAGUGUCACGUCAUACUUUCGCUUUCGUUUUCUGCCGUAAAAAUCAUCAAAAACAUGUUUCGAGUAGUGGAACCUGAAGUCAAGAAGAGACGUCUGUUGUAUGACAGAUCUAAUCUCCAGAGAGCAUUUGAAGCCACUCAGAAGGGUAUUUCUGCAUAUAGGGCUGCAAAGAUGUAUUCUGUACCUCCAACUACAUUGCGGGACAGGAUAAGUGGCAGGGUUAAAGCUACUGCUAGAGUUGGCCAUGAGACCAUUUUCACUCAGGAAGAGGAGCAGAAGUUGUACAACCAUAUAACCUACAUGGCUGAAAUUGGAUAUGGCUACAACAAGAUGUCACUUCAGUACUUGGCAAAGGACUAUGCAGAUUCUUUGGGCAAAGUUGUAAGGGCUGACAAGUCACUGAGUGAUAAUUGGUUUUAUGGGUUCACCAAAAGAUGGCCAGAUCUUAAGACUGUAAAGGCACAAAAAUUAUCCAUUGCUAGGGCAAAAUCAGCUUCAAGAGAAACACUUAACAAAUAUUAUGAAGAGCUUGAAACAGUCUUAAUAUCAAACAAUAUUAAAGAUAAACCAAACAAGAUUUUUAAUAUAGAUGAAACCGGUGUAAAUACAGAACAUUCACCUCCCAAAGUAAUUUGUAAGAAAGAUACUACAGCCCAAAAUAUUACAUCUGCUAGAUCGUCAACAAUCACAUUGAUAGCUGCUGGAAAUGCAUUAGGUCAAAGUAUACCACCUUAUUAUGUAUUUCCGGGUCAGAGGUGGAAUGAAGAUUUUCUGAAAGGGUCAUGUCCAGGGUCAGCAGGAGAGAUGUCGAAAACUGGUUGGUCAAACUCUGAUGUUUUUUUUGAAUUACCUGACAAAACAUUUCAUUUCCUAUGCAGCAACAACUGA